AUGGUUCCGAAUUUUAGGCACUUAAUAAGGCAGAGACUCCUCAAUCACGCAGACGCUGACGAUGUCACGGAUCAGUACCCUUGGGUAAUUCGUAGCAAUUUCAAGCAAAAGGUGGACCAUUUCAACCCGCUCAACACAGACACUUGGGAUCAGCGGUAUUACUACAAUCCAAAAUACGCUCGUAACACUUCCAUUAUUUUUCUCAUGAUAGGUGGCGAAGGACCCGAAAACGGAAAAUGGGCUGGAAAUGAUAAGUACCAAUACCUCCAAUGGGCUAAAGAAUUUGGCGCUCAUGUGUUUGAUUUGGAACACAGAUUCUUCGGAGACAGCUGGCCAAUAAAAAACAUGAACUUUGACAGUUUGAGUUUACUCACUACUGAGCAGGCUCUAGCUGAUCUAGCCUAUUUUAUCACAUCAAUGAAUCAAAAGUAUGGUUUCAACAAUCCAAGAUGGGUAACGUUCGGUGGAAGUUACCCAGGCUCUUUGUCUGCUUGGUUCCGUUCAAAGUAUCCAGAAUGGACAGUUGGAGCUGUGGCUAGCAGCGCACCAUUGAAUUUGAAACUUGAUUUCUUUGAAUACGCACAAGUUGUACAAGAUGAUCUUGCGUUAACAAACAAGGAUUGUCCUGGCUAUGUUCAACAAGCAUUCCAAGAAAUGAAGAACCUUAGCACAACC